CAUCAAAUUUACCGGUGAUUUUGAUCCAAUUCUGACCCUCCGAUGGGCUCGACGUUCAGGGAUCGGACGGCGGAGUUUCAGUCAUUGUCCCAAACGUUGAAGAAGAUCGGAGCGAUCCCGUCCGUUCAUCAAGAUGAAGAUGAUCCGGCAUCAUCCAAACGCUCGUCUCCGGGAUCUGAAUUCAAUAAGAAGGCUUCCCGGAUCGGGUUAGGUAUCCACGAAACGUCUCAGAAGAUCGCGAGGCUCGCUAAAUUGGCAAAACAAUCUUCGAUUUUCAAUGACCGGACUGUGGAAAUACAGGAGUUAACUGUGCUGAUCAGGAACGAUAUCACGGGGCUGAAUAUGGCUCUCUCGGAUUUGCAAACCCUUCAGAACAUGGAGAUUGCUGAUGGGAAUUAUUCACAGGACAAAGUUGGUCACUACACUGCUGUUUGUGAUGACUUGAAAACCAGACUUAUGGGAGCUACUAAGCAACUUCAAGAUGUUCUAACUACUAGAUCAGAGAACAUGAAGGCUCAUGAAAACCGGAAACAACUCUUUUCCACAAAAAGUGCAGUAGAUAGUCCGCCUCAGAAUAAUGCAAAAUCUGUACCCGAGCCUCCUCCUUGGUCAAGUUCAUCAAAUCCUUCCGGGAAUUCACAACAACCACUAUUGCCGCCAUUAAAUACUGGAGCUCCUCCAGGUAGCCAGCUCAGACGCAGAUCCGCAAUCGAGAAUGCUCCUUCACAGCAAAUGGAGAUGUCCAUGUUGCAGCAAACAAUCCCAAGGCAGGAGAACUAUAGUCAAAGUCGAGCGGUUGCACUUCACAGUGUUGAAUCAACAAUAACAGAGCUCAGUGGAAUAUUCACGCAUCUAGCUACAAUGGUCACACAACAAGGAGAGCUAGCAAUCAGAAUUGAUGACAAUAUGGAUGAAUCGUUAGUUAAUGUAGAGGGAGCACGCAGCGCUCUUCUGCAGCAUCUCACUCGAAUUUCGUCAAAUAGAUGGCUCAUGAUGAAGAUCUUUGCUGUUAUCAUCUUGGUUUUGAUCGGAGAACCUAAAAGUCUCGACUUUUCGAAUUCUGUUGGUCGCCUUCUUAAGGACAUGAAUCUCACGGUGGCUAGUUUUCGCGGCAAUUUCGGCGUCUUGUCGCAAUGCAGCUCAUGUUGUAGUCUUCAGUUUCAGCCUUUUGUAGCUGCUACUUCGAGUCUCAGUUUUGGGCAAACAGGAACAUCUCGAAGGAAGAAGGAUCUGAAGCUUGAAAGAGUUUUCAGAAAGAGAGAGACUUUGGUUAGAGUGACGGAGACGCAAACAGAACCAGAAGGCAAUAACGAUGAGGAUAAUAAUAGUGAAGAAGGCAAAGAGACUUCAGCAGAUGAUCCUCCUACACAAAUUCCUACUGAGUUGAAUUCACAGUCAACAGUUGUGAAUGAAGCGCCGGGCAAUGAGGAGGAAAACAAAGCUCAGUUCAGUUCUCAGGACGGUGAUAAAUUAGAAGUUAGCAGUGGUUCUCCUCUUCCUGGUGUGAAUCCAUUACAACUGGAUGAUUCCAUGAGACUCCCCAAGGAAACCAUUGAUAUUCUCAGGGGCCAAGUAUUCGGGUUUGACACCUUCUUCGUAACAAGCCAAGAACCUUAUGAGGGUGGGGUAUUGUUCAAAGGAAAUCUAAGAGGCGAGCCUGCUAAAAGUUACGAGAAGAUAAAGAUGAGGAUGGAGAAUAAUUUUGGUGACCAGUACAAGCUUUUCCUCCUCUCCAAUCCUGAGGAUGAUAAACCUGUGGCCGUUGUUGUUCCAAGAAGGUCCUUAGAACCCGAGACAACAGCUGUUCCUGAAUGGUUUGCUGCUGGUUCUUUUGGCUUGGUGGCAUUGUUUACAUUGUUUCUCCGUAAUGUUCCUGCCUUGCAAUCCGACUUACUAUCGGCAUUUGACAACCUUGAACUGUUGAAAGAUGGCUUACCAGGAGCUCUUGUCACCGCGCUUGUCCUUGGAGUACAUGAACUUGGACACAUUUUAGUUGCAAAUAGCUUAGGGAUAAAGCUUGGUGUUCCAUUCUUUGUUCCAAGUUGGCAGAUAGGCUCUUUCGGUGCUAUAACGAGAAUCAAAAAUAUCGUAGCCAAGCGAGAAGAUCUUUUAAAGGUUGCAGCUGCAGGACCUUUGGCUGGCUUUUCUCUAGGCUUGAUCCUGUUUCUUCUAGGGUUAUUUGUGCCCCCUAGUGACGGCAUUGGCGUUGUAGUUGACGCAUCAGUGUUUCACGAGUCCUUCCUUGCUGGUGGUAUUGCAAAGCUCUUACUAGGUGAUGCACUUAAAGAAGGAACUUCAAUAUCUCUUAACCCACUUGUGAUCUGGGCAUGGGCUGGACUUCUCAUCAAUGGCAUUAACAGCAUUCCUGCGGGGGAGCUCGAUGGGGGCAGAAUAGCUUUCUCCAUUUGGGGUAGAAAGACCGCAACACGGCUCACGGGUGCAUCCAUAGCCCUUUUGGGCUUAUCGGCGUUGUUCAGUGACGUGGCAUUCUACUGGGUGGUUCUGAUAUUCUUCCUGCAGCGUGGACCGAUUGCGCCGCUGGCUGAAGAAAUCACAGCACCUGAUGAUAAGUAUGUGUCUCUAGGAAUCCUGGUUCUGUUCCUCUCCUUGCUUGUGUGUUUGCCUUACCCAUUUGCUUUCACCGGUAAUGAAGCCAUGAUGAUUGGCUUGUGAAGUGGCUCAUAUCAUUACACACAGCUCAAUAAGAAAUCAGAGAUAUAGUUGUAACUUUUUGUUUUGGUCUGUAAGUUAUGUUCUACUUUUACAUCUUAAGUUAUGUUUUUGUUCUUGUUCUACAUGUUUACUCUCAUGGAGCACUUUAGGAAACAAACCAAAUUCUCAAAA